CCAGGGACUGGUGGACCGAUAAUGAAAACACAAUGCUUUCCUUGAACAGGUCAGAAAGUUGGUGUUGGGAAAAUGGGAAGUGGGAGCAGUACCCCAGUGACAGAGGAGAACAAACCAGAGCUCCUUGGUAAAGCUUGGAGGGAUGUUGUGUGGGACCACAGCACACGAACUGAUCUCAAGCAAUACCUGCAAGAUUACAAGCCCAACAUUGAUUCAGUGCCUCAGGCUCGGAUUCUUCUAAUUGGUCAGAUUACAGCUGGAAAAUCAAGCUUCUUCAACUCCAUCAACUCUAUCUUCCGUGGCAACAUUACAAGCCAAGCUGCAGUAGGAGAAAUGAAAACCAGCCUGACCUUGAAGUAUCGCACUUACCAGGUAAAAGCGGGCCGAAGCGGACAGCCUCUGGGAUUCCUACUGUGUGACACCAUGGGAUUGGAAGCAAGGGAGGAUGGAGGGGUGAGAACUGAAGAUAUUGAGAGCAUCCUGAAGGGCCACGUUCCAGACAAGUACCAGUUCAACCCUGUGCGGCCAAUGAAAGCUGAUAACUCUCAGGCAUGGAGCACAUUGGCUCUUAAGGACAGGAUCCACUGUGUGGUGUAUGUGAUAGACGCCUCCACAAUUGGAAUUGUGGACCAAGGAAUGAAGAAUAAAAUUGAUGAAAUCAGAAAGAGAACUAACUCGGCAGAGGUCCCUCUAUUGGUGCUACUGACUCAUGUGGACAAAGCGUGCCCACAUGUGGAAAAGGACUUGAAGAAGGUGUAUCACAGCUGCUACAUAAAGGAUAUGAUCUACAGAGCUAGCGAGUGUCUGGGCAUCCUACCAUCAAAUGUGAUUCCAGUGAAGAAUUACUUUGAUGAGAGUGAGCUGAGUGACACCUGUGACAUCCUGCUCCUCAAGGCCAUGAAGCAGAUGCUGGACUUUGCUGACAAUUACUUUGACAGCUGGGAGGACGACACAGAGUAGAUGAAUUGAUCAUAUUGAGGGGUUGUGCCAUUGCCUUUCUCUGUCCAUGUCCUUGUGGUCUACACCACACCUUUGUUUCCUGUAAACCUGCAUUAGGCUCUUUCUGUACCUUUCCGACACAGAAACCUUUUCAUAACAUGGAUUUAUAAUUGUCUUCUCACUCGAGUAUGAAUGAUGCUUAGAUAUAUUCUAUACAAUAUAAAUUCGAUAUAUCCUUUAUAUAUGUGUAUCCCCAAAGAAAUCUCCUCAAUUAUAGAAGUACAUAUGGACUUGAUGUUUUUCCUAGACAGCCCAAUCUUACAAGAGAAAAAAAAUAGUUGAUUUUCACAGCAUUUUCUUCCCAGCCAAUGCCUUCUCUAGUUAAACCAUAGAGGCUAUACCAUCUCGCGUAGUCACUGGCUAACAUACAAUAGCCAUUUCUGUGGUUUUUUUUCUCUUGCCCUAUUCAUCACAAUCGUGGUGAAUUAAAAAAAAUCUGUUAAGUCAAAAACAGUACUGUGUCAUGCUAUGCAAAUAUACAUCCAGCACCAUUGAUCUACAGGGGAGUGGGCGGUACCAGGAACUACACCGAAAAGGGUAUCACAACAGUCCUAACACCUUUCCGCAUAUGCUAAUCAUCCAAGGGCAGCACUGGCAAUUAAAUA